CUGAUUUCUUCUCUCGCAUUGACCCACCAAAGGACGAUCGGCGGUCUUAUGGCAUUUGUGAGCUUCAUAGCGUUCCUUAUAUUGACAAACACAUUUCUUCGAGGAGUUUAUGCAAACAAUGCUUCCUGUUCAGAUGCUGUACCAUCUUGUAAUACAAACACAGACUAUUUUGUGUAUAAGCUUUCGUUUCCUUAUCUAGUUGACUAUGUGUCGGUGCAAUAUGAGAACAUUUCGAUUCGUCUCAAUAUAUCUAUUCCGGAUCUGCAAAAUUUUUCAUAUACACUGGUUCGCUGUGGUUGUGAACAUUUAUUGAAUAGCACAGGAAACGAGACUGUUAUUCCAGUGCCACCAAGAUCACUGGGUGGAAUAUCUACAACAGAAAUUCCUUUUAUUCAACAACUUGGUGGCCUUCACUUACUGAAAGUUUUCUAUGAAGGACAGUACGCGUACAAUGAACAACUGUUGAUGAGACUGAAAACCAACUUGACCUAUAACGUUCAGCACUUUGCUGAUUUUAUCAAUACUUCUGUAGUUGCUUCUCCACCCAAUCUCACUUUUGUAGAUACAUACAGUGUCAGUGAAUUUGCUAACCGUACAGAAAACAAACUCAAGUAUUUUGUUACUCCUGGCAUAGUUGUCAAAAGUGCAAUGGCAAGGGCAGAACUCUAUAAGUUGUAUGGAUUGAUACUUGAUGUGCCGGAAUUGGCCGAUGAAUUGGCACAAUCUAUUAUUCAGAGCUAUUUAGAUACAAAGGCAAUGGUCUCAAGUCAUGCUACAAAAUGGCCAUCUGUCCUUAUUGACGGGUAUUUCGAUGGCCUUUGGAGUCUCGACUCUGGUGAUUCAUAUGAAGCAUCGUUUCUAAGAGAUGCACAUGCCGCAUAUCGCUAUGCAAACUCUUCCUCUUCUCCAAGUCUAACUUUAAGUGAAGUAGUAGAGAACUUUCGUGGUGCAGACUAUUGGAUCAAUUUGGACUUAGCCUCCCCAGUCUAUAGUCUGUCUGAGUUGAUUAAGUCUUACAAUCAACAAAAUGAAUCUAGUGUAUCUUCCAGUGUUGAAAAAUUAGCUGCGUUUCAGUGUGGACAAGUUUGGUCCAAUGCAAAAAGAUAUCGUGGACAAUCGAAUGACUAUUAUGAACUGGGAAGUGCAAGACCGGACUGGAUAUUGAAAGACUUGGUGAAGAUCUUUCAUCCGGAAUUAGAGACAAACCAUUCUUUUGUAUUUUAUUAUCAAUUGGCAAACAAUGACUCGUCCUUGAACCUUCAUUGUCCUUAUCAUAAUCUAUCGACAAGUCCACCUAGUGGUCGACAGUUUGUUAUCCUUCAUGUCUCUGUGAACAAUUCUAUGUUUCCGAUCCAAAAUGCACUCAACCUUUCCAUAUUUCCUAUGAUUGCUUCGCUUUAUGGUAUUUCGUCUAGUGACAUACAAGUUCAUUUUCUGAGUCCUGGAGAGACUGGUUCUUCAAAUACUCUGAUGUACAUCAAGUUAUCCAUUCCUUCUAAUAAUGUGAGCAGUGUUCUUUCUACUUCUCACUUUCAUUUUCCUGGUUCUUUUGAAACCACCUUGAAAAACAACAACGUAACUGCUUAUGUUACCAGCAUGGACGUUACUACUACUGCUCCUGUGAGUGUCAGUAGUGGAUUGAGUGGCGGUGAUAUUGCAGGUAUCGUAAUUGGCUCCGUAUUUGGUUUCUGCUUGGUAGUAGGUGUCGUAGUCUUUGCCUACUGGUAUGGCCAUCGCAGAGCCUACAAACGUAUAGAAGGCUCCACUGACAUUCCAGGGGCUUCCGCCGGUUGAAGAAAAGAAUGGCGCGUUUGAAUUGGAUAAUUCCAAUCUUUUUAUUUCUAAAGUGUUUGUCAGUAAAGUUGAGGUUCAAUUG